AUGCCGGAGAUUGAAGGUUCCCCGGGAACCUCCAUGCAUGGAGUCACCGGUCGGGAACCAGUGCUGGCCUUCUCUGUGGCGUCUCCCAUGGUGCCCACUGAUACCACCGCCAAAUUCGACCUCCCUGUGGACUCUGAACACAAGGCUAAAGUCUUUAAGCUCUUCUCAUUUGCAAACCCUCACAUGAGAACCUUCCACCUUUCCUGGAUCUCUUUCUUUACCACUUUCGUCUCCACCUUUGCCGCAGCUCCGCUGGUUCCUAUCAUUCGGGACAACCUCAAUCUCACAAAAGCCGACAUCGGAAACGCUGGGGUUGCCUCCGUUUCCGGUAGUAUUUUCUCCAGGCUGGUGAUGGGUGCUGUAUGUGACUUGUUGGGACCUCGUUACGGCUGUGCUUUCCUUAUCAUGAUGUCGGCACCCACUGUGUUCUGCAUUGUUUCCUUUGUGGCGGAUGCUGGCGGUUACGUGGCGGUCAGGUUCAUGAUAGGGUUCUCGCUGGCAACGUUCGUUUCUUGCCAGUAUUGGACGAGUGUGAUGUUCAAUGGGAAGAUUAUUGGAGUGGUGAACGGGGUAUCCGCUGGGUGGGGUGAUCUGGGUGGUGGCGUUACUCAGCUGCUGAUGCCGGUGCUCUUCCAUGUAUUGAGUCAGAUGCUGGGAACCACACCAUUUACGGCUUGGAGAAUUGCUUUCUUUAUUCCGGGAUGGUUUCAUUUUAUUGUUGGGGUCCUGGUUUUGGUGUAUGGCCAAGAUUUGCCUGAUGGCAACUUUGCUCAAAUUCGAAAGGAUGGACAAGCUGCAAAGGAUAAAUUCUCAAAGGUAUUCAGAAAUGCAAUCACAAAUUAUAGGACAUGGGUGUUUUUCUUGAUCUAUGGAUAUUCCAUGGGCGUGCAAUUGUGCUUGAAUAACGUCAUCUCUGAAUACUUCUUUGAUAGGUUCGGGUUAAAGCUUCACACAGCCGGUGUCGUGGCGGCAAGUUUCGGGGUGGCUAACUUCUUUACCCGCCCAUUCGGUGGCUACGUGUCUGACUUAUCGGGUCGUAAGUUUGGAAUGAGGGGCAGGCUAUGGACAUUAUGGAUAACACAAACCCUAGGAGGCGUUUUCUGCAUAUGGUUAGGGCUAGCCAACUCUCUACCCAUCGCCAUCUUGUCGAUGAUGCUCAUGGCCGCAGGRUCACAAGCCGCUUGUGGRGCAACUUACGGCAUCAUUCCCUUCGUUUCCCGACGUUCUCUGGGCAUUCUAUCCGGCUUGACCGGUGCCGGUGGCAAUGUUGGUGGUGGUUUGACCCAACUGCUAUUUUUUUCCGGUUCAAGAUUUUCCACUGCAUGGGGGUUAACAUGGAUGGGUGUAACGGCGGUGGUCUUAACGAUUCCGGUGGCUUUUAUCCACUUCCCACAAUGGGGGAGCAUGUUUUUUCCGGCAUCAUCGAAUGAGAAAUACAAUGAAGAGUAUUACUAUAGCUCGGAGUACAGUGAGGAGGAGAGAGAGAUGGGUAUGCACAUCGGAAGCAUGAAGUUCGCUGAGAACAGUCGGGCGGAGCGUGGGAAGAGACUGGUGGUGGCAGUGGCAGAAACCCCUCCGUAUACGACGCCGAACUACCACGUUUAA